AUGUCGCAACCGCCAGCCUUCAACUUGACGCCGCUGGACCACCAGCUUCUGGCGAUGACCGACGAGGAAUUCAUCGCCCACAGCUGGGACGAUCUUCGCGAUAUCAUCGCGCGGAACGAUCUCGGCGCCCUCAAGCGCAGACCUUCCGAUUUACGCCGAUAUCUGGCCUGGUCAGCCGAAACCAAAGCCCAAUAUGGCUCCAUGAUGAACUAUAUCUGUCAAGAGCGGCUACACUGGCAUUUCCCCGGGGAUCCAGCCCCGGCAAAUGCCACUCCCAACGGAACCACAGAGCCUCCCAACGGCGCUGUAUCCGCGGCUAUCCAAAGUGGGCCCAAGCCUUUUGCAAACCCGCGCCCAUUUGCCGAUCCCGAGGACUACAAGAUCUUGCGCAAUGAUUGGCCUUACGGGCUGGACCCCGGCAUUCAUCAUCUGGUGGUCUGGCUGCGGACUCCGAUUCCUGUCAAGUCGGAGGAAGGUCAUUUGACAGAUGAGUCGCGGGCGCUGAUCGACCAGUUUGUGCAGGAGACGUUUGUACGGCGAUUGGCGGAGGAUGCGGCGAAGAGGUUCCCGGACCCCAAAGCUCAGGUGCUUUGGUUUAAGAAUUGGGUGGGUUUGCAGAGUGUGCAAGCUUUGGAGCAUGUCCACAUUCUCGUCAGAGAUGUCCCUGACGAGAUCCUGACCGAGUGGUCCGGGGAGACGAAGGCUGAGUCGUAG